AUGACUGCGCGCCUGCGCACCGACUGCCUCGCAUGGACCAUAUUAUGUAUUGUUCUGAGUGUAACAAGUGAGAGCGUGUCGCCACGAGAUAGUUUGAGGCUCACCUGGUUAUCCAACAGCUCGCUCACUUGCAAUGAUGGCAGCCCUGCUGGAUAUUAUUUUCGGCGCGGCACCAACAGUAGACAUUGGGUGGUGUAUCUCGAGGGAGGUGGCUACUGCUGGGACAUGGCUUCUUGUAAUGCCCGAAGACGUCGGCGUCCCGGACUCAUGUCAUCAAUUCGAUGGCCGAAGAAACGUCGGGCACCGGCAUUGCUUUCAGCAGAUCCCGACUCUAAUCCUUUAUGGCAUAAAUCAAAUCACGUGCUGUUGCCGUAUUGCACAAGCGACAUGUGGGCAGGCACUCGUGUUGAGCCGAGACCGAACAAUAGCUUCACCUUUGCCGGUCGUCUUAUAGUCCAUUCUGUACUCACCGAUCUACUUCAAUUCGGGCUGGAAGGACGAUUGCUGCUAGUUGGGUCGAGUGCCGGGGGGGCUGGAGUAAUGCUAAACGCAGACGCUGCAAGAAGGGCUCUUCGGCCGCACGGCGUCCGUGUAGCCGCCAUCGCCGACUCUGGUUGGUUCCUCGAUCGACCAGCGAAGGGCAGACGCUCGUUUUCCACGGACGCCGUCGCCAGGCUAGGUCACUCAUUCUGGCGCGGGUCGCCCCCAACUGCCUGCAUGCGCGAGUACCCCGACAAACCGUGGCUGUGCUACUUCGGCUAUCGCUUAUACCCUCACGUUCGUACACCGCUCUUCGUGUUCCAAUACCUGUUCGACUCUGCCCAACUAACGGCAGAGGGGGUCCGAGCACCGCGAACGCGCGCUCAGUGGGAUGCCGUCCAUCAAACGGGUGCAGCGUUACGGUCGAGUUUGAAAACCGUAAGGGCGACGUUUGCGCCGGCAUGCAUAGCGCACGGGGCUUUAGCACGGCCCGAGUGGCUCGCGAUUAACGUAUCGGGUGUGCCGCUGCCACGGGCGAUCGCGUGUUGGGAGCGCCGGUUCGAGGGAGGGACCAACUACAGCCGGACGCGUUGUGCCCCGCGGAGGCUUAUCGAGAAGUGUUCGUGGCCGCAGUGCAACGGGUCGUGCCCCCGGCUUAGGGACCCCCGGACAGGAGAAGAGGUGGCACUAGCGGCGCUUCUGCAGAGUUUUGGUUUGGACGUGCGCGGUGCCGCCGCGGCUAUGGGGCUCGACGCACGACAACUCGCCCGCAUGAGUCGUGCCGAGCUCUUGCCCCUUUUAGCGCCGCAUACG